AAAAACAUCUCGCCAGAUACAUAUAGAUAGAUAAACUCCGAUCUCUCUCUCUCUCUCUCUCUCUCUCUGCACGUCGACUUCUUGUUUUUUUUUUUUUGUGAAGAUGAAAGCUUUCUGCAUAUUCGUCGUCUCAUUGCUUCUCACCGUUAAUUCCAGGGGAGAAGCUACCUCUUCUGUUUUCUUCAUUGAUGGAUCCAACAACCAAUUUCUUCGUCCACCAUCAGCCGAGGCGCUUCACAUGUCGCUCUCUGAGGUAUCUGCAUCAGUAUCUGCCUUGUUGGGUUUUGCACCUCCAUCUACUUUGACUGCCCAUGGCUCCUCCAAGCUGAACAAGAUUCUAAAGCCCAAUCCGUUUGAGAGGCCUCGUGCUGCUUUUGUGCUAGAAAUCGCCGGAGCUCAUGAUGCGCUUGUGGAAGCCUACACUAGUCAUUCUUUCUUGGGCGAUUCCAUAAGAGGCAGUAUCAGUUCUGAUUCUUACAAUGCUGAUAUUGAACUUCCAGGAAGUGGAGUUGCUGUUGUGUCUGUCAACGAACCCUCAUCUGAUGUGACUGACAAAGACAUGAAUGAGUUUGCAUCUUGGUUGGGUGGGUCGUAUGUUACUGACUCUGCUGAACCAUUGACUGGAUUGCUGAGUAUCCCUCUGGCUGAUGGUGCUAAUGUGGAGUUCCAUUGGAAAAGAGGAGUAGUCAACCUUCAUGGGGAUUUAUCUCAUGGUAUUGAGAGACCUGCUGAACUAACGGUUGGACGCUUUGUCGGUAUUAAUGUUUUAGCACAGGAGUAUGGCAAG